AUGGAAUCAAACCCAGUCGAGAAUGUGCUCUAUGUUGCUGAUUCGUAUAAGGUGACGCACCAUAAUCAGUAUCCAGAAGGCACCACACAAGUUUACAGUUACUUUGAGAGCCGUGGAGGAAAGUUUCCAGAGAUUUGUUUUUUUGGACUUCAGUAUAUUAUAAAGCGCUGGCUUGUUGGACCGGUAGUCACGAAGGCAAUGAUUGAACAGGCGAAACAUUUUUAUAAGUCCCAUUUCGGUGGUUUGGAUAUUUUCAAUGAAGAUGGCUGGAAUCACAUUGUUGAAGUUCAUAAAGGUUAUCUUCCGUUAAGAAUUAAAGCUGUACCAGAAGGCACAGUAGUUCCUGUUAAAAAUGUUCUUUUCACCGUUGAAAAUACUGAUCCUCGUGUGCCGUGGCUGACAAGUUGGUUUGAGACAUUGUUAGUUCAAGUCUGGUAUCCCAUGACCGUCUGUACUAAUUCGAGAGCUCAAAAGCUUAUUAUUGCUCGAUAUUUGCAUGAAACAGCAGAUUCCAUUGAUGGACUGCAUUUCAAACUUCAUGAUUUUGGAUAUCGUGGAGCAUCAUCAGUUGAAAGUGCGUCAAUUGGCGGAGCAGCUCAUUUGGUGAAUUUUUAUGGGACUGAUACUAUAGCUGGUUUGCAGCUAUGUAAAAAGUAUUAUUCUGCAAAAAUGGCUGGAUUUUCUAUCCCUGCUGCUGAACAUAGUACGAUUACUACUUGGAAAAAGUCUGGCGAAUCGGCUGCAUAUUUAAAUAUGUUAGAGCAGUUUCCAGAUGGUUCUGUUUCUGUGGUUAGUGAUUCUUACGAUGUAUUUCAUGCUGUUUCGAAUAUUUGGGGUGAUGAAUUACGUCAGUAUGUCGUGGAUCGAGCUAAUAAAGGAUGUGUUGUCAUCAGGCCAGAUAGUGGUGAUCCUAGCCAAGUAGUUGUAAAGGCUUUUCCAAUGUUACAGCUUCAGGUUUUGAAUUUGUUAGCCGAAAAAUUCCCCACUGUGAUUAAUUCAAAAGGAUAUCGGCUUUUGCCGUCAUAUUUGCGAGUAAUGCAGGGUGAUGGUAUAUGUUACGAAAGUAUUGGAAAAAUUCUUGAUGCUGUGACUCGCAAUAAAUGGAGCGCAGACAAUAUCGUUUUUGGCACUGGAGGAGCUUUAUUGCAAAAAUUAGAUCGGGAUACUCAAAAAUGUGCAUUCAAAUGUUCACACGUGGUUAUUAAUGGUGAAAGCCGUGAUGUUUGGAAGAGCCCAACAACAGAUGCAGGUAAGCAGUCAAAACGAGGGAGAUUAAUUUUAGAAAGGCGAGAAGAUGGUAGUCUCGUUACAGUGGAGAAAGGACAAGGAGAUUCUUCAAAAGAUGUAUUGGUAACGGUAUUCGAAAAUGGAAGGCUUCUUGUUGAUUACAGUUUGGAAGAAAUUCGGGAUCGAGCUGAACUUGAUAUUGUUAAGGAGUAUAAGCGGAAAGCUGUUAAUUCUGAUGCAACAGUGAGGACCAUAAAUGGUGGAUCAUGGGUGUCUACCAAUGGUAACGUUGUUUCCUGA